ACAAAACCGAAUUUAACACUAUUUUGAUAAGGUUCCAUCUAAUAACGAAACCUAUCCGGGGCCUACCUGCAAGUGCGGAAGACCAAAGACGCCGACGACUCGAGUCAGUCGACGACCGCCGCCGCCCGACAUCUAGCGCCAGGCUCCAGGCUUCCACCACCGCGGACGCAGUCCCGUCCCGCCUCCAGACUCCAGACUCCAGCCUCCAGGACCACGACCGCACUAUCCGUACGCAGACGCCCUCACGCAAUCACGCCCUACCAGUUCGGGCUGUCCAGAAGUCCACUGUCCACGCUAGGCCUCUACCCGCAGUAACCGUGAAGGAUAUCAUCGCAUUUGCUACUGAUUUGAUAGCGAGUAAAGCUAAGGUGUUAGCGUAGAAAUGAGCAACUCAGCAGCUGGACCCUCGUCAAAAGCCAAAGUUGGAGCGUCUCAACCAUCAGAAGUUUCAUUUAAACGUAAACGUGGAAUGUUUCAGAAGGAUUUGCAGCAUAUGAUGUAUGGAUUUGGAGAUGCUCCAAAUCCACUUCCAGAGAGUGUAGCACUUGUAGAAGACAUUGUUGUGGAAUAUGUCACAGAUAUGGUACACAAAGCUCAAGAUCUUGCCUCCAAAAGAGGGAGGCGGUUGACAGAAGAUUUUCUGUUUUUAAUUCGAAAGGACUUGCCGAAACUUAACCGGUGCACAGAGCUAUUGUCGAUGAAUGAAGAGCUGAAACAAGCCAGGAAGGCCUUUGAGGUUGAUGAAGAGAAGCUGGCCACACUUGAAUAAAUAAGUCCAUCUUCUCUCCUGAUGAUGUAAUAUAUGUUUGUAUACUUCUAAUGCGAUCUGUAAUGUUCUGAAUCCCCACAUUCCAUCUCUGUGCUACUUAUUAGAAACAUACAUAAAUAUAUUGAUGCCCACAUCCAAGGACUUCUUAUUUCUUAGUAGACUUGUAGAGCUGUAAGCCUGUAAUGGUACCAUGCCAACAUAAACUUAUGUUUGGGUUAGUAAACAAUAUUUGGAACCAGG